AUGCAUGCAGCGCUUUUCGGCUGGCACCAUGUCAACGAGCGCUGCAAGGUCCAAGGAGACCCCGGAUGUUGGAAAACGCUGGAGGCUGGGGGAGGUUUCCAUCAUGGUGAAAGACCGGUCAUUCAAUCAGACUCCCCAUGCUGCAUUGCAGUCCCAACCUUGUCUCAUGUCCACUUAGUUCAGUGCAAACAUUGA